AUUUUUUUCCCAACAAUAUGCCCCAGUGAAAACCAACCAACAAACCAGGACAGAUGUUGCACAGUUGCUGUCAGAUCAAAGGCAGAAGGUCAGCACUUCUUCUCUCUGUAAAUUUGUAGCACUAACAGAUGGUUUUCAUCAACAUCAUCAAUACUGUAUUUUUGUUGUAGGAUAGAAAGAGGAGAAAAUAGUGAAACAGUGCAUCACAAAAAUAAUGUACUCGCUGGAGAGCAGAUCAUUUCCAUUUAAUUCAUGAGUUUUGUAGUUCGAUGUUGCGGUAAAAUGUUGACUAUUCUGUAUUUGUUGUGUCAUACCCGUGUUUCUCUCUGUCCAGAUAAAGUCCUUCUGUUUUAGUUGACAUAAUGUACCUCACACAGUUCUAAAAUAAACAUCAAAGUUUCUAAGCAGGUUUGAUGAUGAAACAAGGAAGAAAAAAGGAAAAAAAGGACAGAAACACCAGAAGAACAAUAUUGUGAUGGAUGGUUAAAUCCAUCAAAAGCCAUUAAUGUGGCCAAGAUGAAAACUUCGUGACCAUAAAGUGGCAGUUCUCACAACUGCCAUAAAUCCUACAGGUACAGAAGGAAAAGAAGGCAUUGAUGCAAAAUUACAAAUGCCAACUGACGUACUAAACCACCAGUGUUCAGACACUGACACACGGCAGCAGACAGAGGCGGAGUUUCACAUGCUCUGAGAAUUUAAGAUGAACUACCAACUGAUAACCUUCCCCAAAAAAAGCUCACAGUUCAACGAAUUCCGUCUCCAGGGUAGAUACUGUGAUGCUGUCAUCCGGGUGGAUAAUGUGGAAUUUAAAAUCCACAGGAUCAUCCUCUGUGACUGCAGUUCUUACUUUCGCUCUCUCUUUGAUUGCCAGUCAACUAAAGACUCACUGGAUUACGACAUCGAUGGUCUGUCUCCUGACACAAUGCGACUCAUAAUUGAGUUUGCGUACACUGGUUCUGUCACGGUGACACAGGACAACGUUAGGGAGCUGAUGCUAGCAGCUAAUAUGCUCGACGUACUGGGCGUGGUCCACACCUGUUCGAACUUCCUCUGUGAGCAGCUGAGCCCGGAAAACUGCAUUGGUAUCUGGCAGUUCACAAAGGUCUGCUUCAGCUCUGAGCUGCAACGAAAUUCCUUGCUCUACAUCACUGAUCAUUUUGAGGAGGUGGUUCCGACAGAGGAGUUCCAACUGCUCAGUGUGCAGGAGCUCACAGAAAUCCUUGGUAGAGAUGAACUCAACGUAAAGCAGGAGAGCAGUGUGUUUGAAGCCAUCCUUCACUGGAUUGAGCACAAACCUGAAGAACGACAGCAGCACAUUGUUUUACUUCUCCCUCAGUUCCGCAUGGCCUUGUCCAGCAUGUCAUACAUCAGCACACAUGUGGAAACCAACAAACUGGUGAAAAACAACCCUGAUUGCAAGCAGAUUGUUGAGGACGCUGUGCAUUUCAUUCAGAGCAUGAGACUAGAAAACUUCCCACUGGCCGUCCGCAACCCUCCUGCUCGACCUCGCCUGCCCAGUGUGAGCUUACUGACCGUUAUUGGAUCUAAGGAUAAUAAUGGUUUUGAAGGAAUUGCGGCUUACGAUGUUAGUGCUGACCAGUGGGUCAGUGUGGUAAAGACUUUCGACCAUUCUCGGGGCUAUCACGGCACAGCUUUCCUUGAUGGAUAUGUCUACAUUAUCGGAGGUUAUGACUUGGUGAUGUAUUAUAGCAAUAUGAGCAGGUUCGACCUGAAAACACACGCCUGGCACGAAGUUUCCCCAAUGCAUUACUGCCGUGGGUACGUGAGUGUCACAGUGCUGAGCGGCUACAUCUAUGCCAUAGGAGGCUAUGAUGGCCACACUCGCCUCAGCAGUGCUGAGCGUUACGAGCCCCGAUCCAACAAGUGGAGCCGAAUUGCACCCAUGAGCCUCAGGAGGAGCCAAGCCAGCUGUGCCACACUGCAUGACAAGAUUUACAUCUGUGGUGGAUACGAUGGGGAUGCUGUUCUGAGAUCAGCUGAAUGUUACAAUCCAGAGACAAACCAAUGGACCAUGAUAGCCUCUAUGUUUAAAAGACGCUGCGGAGUCGGAGUUGUUGCACAUGCUGGAUUUGUCUACGCAAUUGGUGGCUAUGAUAACAACUGCCCACUGAGGAGUGCUGAGUUCUUCAACCCCCAGAACAACACCUGGACCUCCAUAUCGUCUAUGGAGACCCCGAGAACUCACUUUGGCCUUGAAGUGAUCAAAGGCUACAUCUAUGCUGUUGGGGGCCAUUCCUUCACACACACGUCUGGUAAAAUAGAGUACUACGACAGCACAAGAGACCAGUGGUUUCUCACCCGCAACAUAAGGAACCCACGUACCAGUGUGAGCUGUUGUGUGGUUCCCUGUGGGACUGAGUACGUUGUCCCUCGAGAUUCUUUACCAUUUGUUCACUUGUCAUUACAAGGUGUGAUACAGAUCGGAGGGCACUGAGGUCUUGCUGAUGCAUCGGCACAGUGACUUCAUAACCACCCAGAGCUGGGACAGCACAGCCUUAAUGGGCUUGCCAUAGCAUCUUUUUACUAAGGGCUGCUACAGAAGUGGCAGUUUGACCAUACUUAACCCAGAGAAGAUGGAGUGAAAUAGAAGAGUAAUAGCCCUGGUAUCAUCUCUAAUGGAGUUUCAGGAGUAUUCACCUCUUCAUAGAACCAUCAUGGCGUUGUGUAACUCCUACAUGACAGAUGACCAUAAUGGCCACAUUCUCUGAAGAACAUUCUUUGCUAUAUUCCAUGUCAUUUGGAGUCAGUCAGUUAAACUGUGCAACACUCUUCACACUUGGUGCAAUGCCACGAGAAGGUGAUACAUCAAGCUGUUUAUCCUCCCUCUGUUAUCUGUAUUUGGAGAGCUGCUAAUUAUGUUCAUCACUACAGUAUUCUGUAGUUUAUUAUUUAAUUGUAUAUAGUAGUACAUGUAGUAUACAGUUUUUAUAAAUAUAGUUGUAAAGCAAACAUAUCACAAAUAUGACAUGUUUCUAAAUCUCACCGUACCUGCUGACUAAUUGUUCAAUUUUUUUUUCUUUUUAUUGUAACUGAAGUAGCAUUAGUUAGUGGUCACCCUUACUCUUUAAACAUUAUUUGUCAUUAGUGAAGACUCACCAGAGACUAAUUGUAAUUUUAGUGAUGUUUUGUCUGUUGAUGUGAAGUGAAGUGACGGCUACAUCAGUACGCUACAGUAAAUGUCAACAGACAUGGAUAUGAAAUGAAAAACUGACAUCCAAGGCCAUCUUUCAUUCCCUCUCUCACUCACUCACUCCUUCCCCUUAUGUGUGUGUGUGUAUGUGUGUUUGUGGGUGCAACCCUUAAAUGAUAUUUGUUGCUCUUUGUUGCUGCUGCUGAGAGGAAGAUCAAUAUAUUCAUGAAUAAUGAGCUGAGAUGAUAUUACUCAGGAAUAAAAGGAAGGACAGGGCCGUGAAAGUAGGGAAUCGUACCACCAGCACAAAAAUAGUCACACACGUGGAAGUUGACCUUGAAAAGAGGACAGAGACAGAGGACAGAGACAGUUAAGACUUGGGUGGAUUCUGUGUUUACAAAAACACAUCUAUAAGAAAAUAACAAUGUUUCAUUUCAAAUAGCACCUGCAUUAUUGCAGUACUUAAAGUAUGAAUAGGAAACUGUAAGUGUGGCUAUGAGUAUAUUUGUGUGUAUGUGUGUGUGUGCGUGUGUGUGUGUGUGAAAGCUGUGAAUUUGCAUGUGGCAGACCAGCCUUGCGAGAACAGUGCUGUUUGUGGUACAGUGCUGGAACAGAGAGCAGGUGGUAGAAGUGUGUGCGUACCCUGUGUGUGUGUGUGUGUGUGUGUGUUGAUAAGGAUGGAGGAGUACAGUGGAGAUUUUAUGAAGCUGAAGAUUUACAGUGUAUAGUAGUCACUCUGCCACACCAAAAACUAUCAAUGUGUUUAUUAUCCAGUCAUCUGGGGUAAUUAGUACCCACAGCUUCUAGUAUCAUUAUAUCACCAAAUUGUUGAUGAGGAAGUGCUCGCUGAAGGCUAACUAACAUGACACGACAUGCACAGCUUGUAUUUUAUCCUGUAAAUAAAUCUAGAAUUCAAACUGCAAUGUCUUCAAAUAGAGAAUGGUUGAUUAAAAACACAGUACAAUAGUGUACAUCUGCCACUCCCUGAGUGGAGCCAUGUUGUCAUGCGGCUCCUUUUAUCUCCGUAAUACACAAUCUCCUUAUCUGUCAGAGAACAGAUUCAAAAGAACACAAGGCUUUAUUCCAUUAUAGUUGCUAUAGAUAAGACACGGCUACUUUUGUCUGUCAUUUCAGAAGUCAGCCAUUGGUUAAAAGCUGAGCACACCAUUAGAACAUUACAUGACAGUCAGAGGACUAAAAGGAUUCAUCAAAGUACUGAGGUUCCGUGUCAUGUGCUGGGAGAGGAGAGUAUUUGGAAGGACAGCUCCAGAAGAUAAAUCAGAGAAAAUAAUCAUAUUCAUAGUUUAAGCCAGUCAGCACUGGGUUUACAGCAUGCAUAUAAUAGUCAUAGUGGGGCUGCUGUUGGAGUAGAUAUGGAAUAUGGCCACAGUUUUCUGAGCCAGGUGGUGAAAUUUUAAUGAAGACCUUUGCAGACUUUUUAAGUACCUUUGAGUCACCAGAGGAAAAACCUGUGUAAUACUUUGAUUAUGAGUUCAGCUAUAGAAAUGACUAAUCACUGUGUUGCCAUGCAUAUAACAUUCUGACAAUAAUUGUACAUUUUAAUUCUAAUUCUUCUUAUUAUUAUUAUUUGAAAAUAUAAGCAACAAAUUACAAAGUAGUUGCUACAUUUUAGUCUUCAUUCAUAAUAAAGACUAACAACUCCUGACAUGUUCGUUUUCUCUUUUAGUUUAAGGUCUCAUACAAGCAACAUGUCUAACAGUUAUGGCCGUCGGUGAUAUAUUAUAGUUUCAUGCAAAUAUAACUUCUCCGAGAAAGCUAGUUUUGGUGUAUCAUGCACAAUUAACAUUUCGGAACGGAUUCCAGUUCUAAUUCUUAUCACUGCAGCUUGUAUAAAAAUAUUGUUUUUGUUUUGUUUUUUUUCUCGCACAGUCAUAGAUUAGAAUGUUGAUACUUUACUCUUUUUCUUGUUUUUAUUUUGCUGCUUUUUUAUGGUCUUGACUUCAGACACCAAAAACUUCUUUGUUACACACUUUGAUAAAAAGUGACUUAAUUUGUGAAACCUGCCCCUUAGAUAGAUAGUGUACAUGUAAAGAUACUUUGGGCUGUAAGUAGCAGAAUGACAGUGUUCUGUAGGUUAACAAAACCUCCCGGCCUCCAGAAUUAGGUUAAAA